GAGAAAGAGUGUGUGUGAGAGGGAAAGAGAGAGGGAGAUAGUGAGCAAGCGGAGAGAGAGCGCUGAGAGCAAGAGAGUGCCUACUGUCUCUCUGGGUGUUAGCAGAGGCUGCCUCUGUCUCUGGUAGGGAGAGAGACAGAAGGAGAAAGAGAGAGAGAAAACAAGGGAGAAACAGAGAGCCUGAAGGAGAGAGGGAGAGAAGAGAGAGAGAGAGCAUUGAGAUCUUUCUCUGUCUCUGCUGGAGCACAGGGGUCUAUGCCCGAGCUGGAUCCUUCAUCACUCCUCGUCCUCCUCUUCCUCUUGUUGUCUGCGCCCGUCUUUAAAACGGAGGGAACCCUCGGACUCAGCGCUCAUCCGUUGCCGUGGCAAUGGGCUGUCGGCUCUCAGGGCCGUGGUUCAGCGAUGGAAUGGGGGUCAGUGGGCGGGAUCUGAGUCACCUAACCAAACGGGAUCUUUCUCACCUGAGUAAACGGGAUGCUCUUAGAAUCCUGGCUGCCUAUGAGCACCCAAUCACGCUGCAGAUCAAGGGCCAGCGUAGGAGGGGUUAUGGCCUACAGGACUGCAGCACGCAGACGGAAAGACACUGGGAGCCCCUCCCCCUGGCCCCCCACCUGGCCCUGCACAGUCUGGGGGUCACAGCAGCUGGGACCAUGCCCAGGGUCAACCCGGACAGACACUACUGCAGCCACAUGAGUCUGCCUCGUGAUCACCGUGACAACGGGAGAUAUGAGUACCUGCCCAACGCUCCACGAGACAUAGUGGACAUGGAUCCACUGGGCUACCAGGACCUGGAGCUUGCCCGUCGUGUUCCAAGGGAUCAGAGCUGUCUGAUUGGCUGCUGCAACACCAACCUUGAGGAGCCCAGCAGUUUCCUCAGCCAGGUGUGUGUGUCUGUGUGCGUGUGUGUACUGUAUAUCUACAUACUGUAUGUGUGUGUGACUGUGUGUUCUCUCUCUCUCCCUCUUUCGCUCUGUCCCUCUCUCGCUCUCUCUCUCCUUCAGACUGAGGAUGAGGACUACAUGUUGGAGAAACCUCUGGGCUACCUACCUCUCCACCAUGAGCUGGACAGUGGCCUGGGCUGGACCGACGGUAGCCUGCACCAGGGAGACCUUUCUGGCCUGGAGACUGAGGAGGGGGGUCUGGAGGAGUGUCACCCCAGGGGAGGAGGCUCCGGUGGGGGCCUGGUGGUCAGCGGAGGAGGGGGUGGAGGUGGAGGUUCUCCGUCCUCUGAAUCCUUCAUCUCGUCUGAGCUGAGUGACUCUGGCUUCUACAGCGUGAGCACCGGAGAGUUCCGCCGUUUCCAGAGGCUGUUAGAGAAACGUAUGUGCCUGUACAACGCUCGUCUGCACCACCAGGGGGAGGUUUGUGCACGGGAGCGCCGCGACAGCUGCCAGAAGAACCACAGAGAGCUGCUGGAGGCUAUACCUGAGGCACUGACCACGCAGCCCCAGCACUCCUGCCCCACGCUUGGCCUGGCUGCUCCAUCCAUGGGCCCUUCAUCCCGCGGACUCUUCAGGGUGUCGUCCGUCCAGUUCCGGAAGGCGGAUCGUCCCUGUCUGAGCAGACACAGCUCCAGCAGUGGCUCCCUCUUCAACCCCCAGCACACCCCUGGCCCCCUCUCUGUCCACGCCCCUGUCCUCUCCGCCUGCAGUACCCCCUCCGGCCACCACAGGCUUCCGCUGCAGCACCAUGGCUCCAGCUCGGUGGGUCAGCUGAGGAGAAGCAGGACCCUGCACCACCGGGGUCCACCCCAGGAGCGUGUCAGACGGGCCAGUCACCCGUCCUCCCCCUCUUACGCCACCCUGCAGCACUGUGGAGUAGCUCCAUCUAGAGGCCUGGAGCUGGGCCUGCCUGAAGAGGGAGAACCAGAACUAGUCCUCACACACCCAGCAGGAUUUGCCCUCUCACCCCAGCACCAUGCAACCUCUCCGGGGGAACACAGAGGGGCCGUGCCCUUACCCAGGGGACAUUACUGGGACAAUAGUGGAGAUCGUGACCAGCUGGUUAACGACAGGAGGCAGCAGCAGGAAAGGAGCUUCAUGACAGACCUACCAGUGUGGGAGAGGGAGCGAGAGAGAGAAAGAGAAAGAGAGAGGGAGCGAGAAAGAGAGAGGGAGCGAGAAAGAGAGCGGGAAAGAGAACGAGAGAAAGAGAAAGAAAGAGAGUGGGAAAGAGAAAGACAAAGAGAGAGAGGAAGAGGGGUGCACCGCUUCCACACCCUCAGCCACCCACCCCAGACAUCCAUAGACAUCCAUGAGACAUGGCCUAAACCAGCCAACCGUCUGUCCCGCCAGGGGUCCGGGGGUGGUGGGGGCCUCUACAGCACCCUGGAGGGCCACAUUGGGGUCGGGGCUGGGGUUGUUGGAGUGUCCAGGAUGGGCCCCAAUCCUAACCCCAACCCUGACCCUGACCCUACCCUUAACACCAACCCCAACCUUCCUAACCCUAACCCAAGGGCUGUGAGGAACCAGAUUCUUCGUGACCGGGCAUCACGGCUAGCAGACGAGCGCAGCGGGAUGAGUACGGAUGAGGAAAGCCAGGAGGUGAUGAGGGGGAGGUACUGGAGCCGCACUGAGAGACGGGAGCACCUCCUACUGGCCCGCGAGCAGAAACAGCAACAACAGCAGGCCAGAGGGCAGCAGGCUUACACACGGCCAGGAGCCAAUGGAGGAUCAGGAUCUAGGAGAGAGGCAGGGGUCAACACAAGAGGAGGAGUUAUCAGAGAAGGAGGGGGAGGGUCUUUGGGAGAUGGCCGGUGCAGCACGGUGCUGGAACUCAGCCAAAAGAAGUUGAGUCGUCUGCGGAACAGGAAGCUGUUAGAUGAUUGGACGACGGUGGAGGAGUUGCUGACUCAUGGGACGAGGCUGGGCACCGGGGAGGAGAUGUCCCUCUGUCCCAGCUCACUACUGACUGUCACUACUGUAUAGGGUGUGUAUGUGUCUGUGUGUUUUUUCCACCAUAAAGCACCAUGGACAAUAGCUUUGUUUGAGAGUGAGUGUAUGUGUGUGUGUCACCACUGUACAGCACCUCUGACAAAGUGUGUGUAUGUGUCAGAACUUCUUACUGACUACUGUUACACACUGCAAGUGUGUAUCUGUUACAAUCUGUGUGUCUGUGUGAGGGAGGAUCAAUCUGUGUGUCUGUGUGAGGGAGGAUCAAUCUGU